AAUUGUUAUCCAAUGGAUGAUAAUUGUUAUAAAGAGUUUAAUAAUCCUAAUUUAUUUUUAUUAAUGGAUUAUUGUGAACCUGGAUCUUUAUGGGAUGUACGAAACAAAAAACCACAAAAACGAUUUAAUGAAGUUGAAGUUGCUUUUGUGAUGCGUGAGGUUUUGAAAGGAUUGGAAUGUAUUCAUGGAUUAGGAAUUAUACAUCGAGAUAUUAAAGCUCAAAAUAUUCUAAUAAGUAAUGAUGGUGGUGUUAAAAUAGCCGAUUUUGGUUCCUCUUCAUUACGAUGUCGUGCGAAAUUAAAACUUGGUACAUUAUAUUGGAUGGCUCCCGAAGUAUUAAAAGAUCAAAUUUAUGAUUGUAAAAUAGAUAUUUGGUCUCUAGGUAUAUUGGCCAUCGAACUUUUUGAGGGAAGGCCCCCAUGGUAUCCUAUGGGUCAACGAAGGGUUGUUGAACUUAUAAGAACCGUAGGUACACCACCAUUACCAUCAGGAAUAUCUCCUGAUUUUGAAUCAUUCCUUCGAGAUUGUUUAAUAGUUGAAGCUAAAUGUAGACCUG